GCUGAACAGUCAUGACAGCUGAAAAGACUAUUCCUAUAAUUAAUGGCAAGCCAGAAGAUGUUUUAGACCCAGAAGCCUCAAGUACCAGCCUUGUCCACAGCAAUGAUAAGAAAGUUCAUGAAAGAGGCCACUGGAACAAUAAGGUUGAAUUUGUGCUUUCUGUGGCAGGGGAGAUUAUUGGGUUGGGAAAUGUAUGGAGAUUCCCAUAUCUUUGCUACAAGAAUGGAGGAGGUGCUUUCCUCAUCCCAUAUGUGGUUUUCUUUAUUUGCUGUGGAAUACCAGUUUUUUUCUUGGAGACAGCCUUGGGACAGUUUACUAGUGAAGGAGGCAUUACCUGCUGGAGGAAAGUUUGUCCUUUGUUUGAAGGCAUUGGAUAUGCUACCCAAGUUAUAGAGGCACAUCUAAAUGUAUACUACAUCAUCAUUUUAGCAUGGGCUAUAUUCUAUCUGUUUAACUGCUUUACUACAGAGCUUCCUUGGGCUACGUGUGGGCAUGAAUGGAAUACAGAAAACUGUGUGGAAUUUCAAAAGCUUAAUAUGAGCAACUGCAGUCAAGUCUCUUUACAAAAUGCCACUUCUCCAGUGAUGGAAUUUUGGGAACGCAGGGUGCUAGCUAUAUCUGAUGGGAUUGAACAUAUUGGGAAUCUUCGCUGGGAACUUGCCCUGUGCCUCCUCGCUGCUUGGACUAUCUGCUAUUUUUGCAUUUGGAAAGGAACAAAGUCAACUGGAAAGGUUGUAUAUGUAACAGCCACGUUUCCCUAUAUCAUGCUGAUGAUUCUUCUGAUUCGAGGAGUAACACUGCCGGGUGCUUCUGAGGGGAUAAAAUUCUACUUGUACCCUGACCUUUCUCGACUCUCUGACCCACAGGUGUGGGUUGAUGCUGGUACACAGAUAUUUUUCUCUUAUGCAAUCUGCUUGGGGUGCUUGACAGCUCUGGGAAGUUACAACAAUUAUAAUAACAACUGCUACAGAGACUGCAUCAUGCUCUGCUGCUUGAACAGUGGCACAAGCUUUGUUGCUGGUUUUGCUAUCUUUUCAGUUCUUGGAUUUAUGGCUUAUGAACAAGGUGUGCCCAUUGCAGAAGUGGCAGAAUCAGGACCAGGACUUGCAUUCAUUGCUUACCCUAAAGCUGUUACCAUGAUGCCUCUUUCUCCCCUGUGGGCAACUCUGUUCUUCAUGAUGCUCAUAUUCCUUGGAUUAGAUAGUCAGUUCGUGUGUGUUGAAAGCCUCGUGACAGCUGUUGUAGAUAUGUACCCAAAGAUUUUCCGAAGGGGUUACAGAAGAGAACUGUUGAUUCUUGGACUUUCCAUUGUGUCGUAUUUCAUUGGUCUGAUAAUGUUAACUGAGGGUGGGAUGUACGUCUUUCAGUUAUUUGACUCUUAUGCAGCUAGUGGCAUGUGCCUUCUUUUUGUUGCCAUAUUUGAAUGUGUCUGCAUAGGCUGGGUUUAUGGCAGCAAUCGCUUUUAUGACAACAUUGAGGAUAUGAUUGGGUACAAACCACUAACAUUGAUUAAAUGGUGCUGGAUGGUCUUAACUCCAGGUAUUUGUGCAGGAAUCUUCAUUUUCUUCCUGGUGAAAUACAAGCCUUUGAAAUAUAACAAUGUAUAUACAUACCCUGACUGGGGCUAUGGCAUAGGGUGGAUGAUGGCUCUCUCUUCUAUGAUCUGCAUCCCUUUGUGGGUCUGCAUUAAGCUGUGGAAGGCAGAAGGCACUUUCAUAGAGAAAUUCAGGAAGUUGAUUACACCUAGCUCAGAUCUGAAAAUGAGAGGGAAACUUGGAGGAAGAUCCUACAUUGCUGCAAUAAAUGACUGCGAUGCCAAACUGAAAGGAGAUGGCACCAUUUCAGCCAUUACAGAAAAGGAGACACAUUUCUGAAAGAACUAUUUUUUUUGUAUAAAAAAUAAAUAAAUUCACUUAAUUAUAGA